CAAUCACCAAGCUUUUCUCUACUAUGAUCUAGGUCUUUUUUUUAACGCGUGUGCUUGAGACUUUGUCUGUGAUUGGUUUCCUUCCCAAAUCACCACUUCAGUCAGCAACCAGCAUACAUCGGCAGAUAUCCCGACUUUGCACCGAUCAUGCAACUCUCGUGUAGGUAGCCGGCAACCGACACGGCCAGUUACUACCCCGAUGCCCGACGGGCACGCCGACAUAUCCAACCGAGGAAACUUCUACACCGACAUCGUCAAUGCCGGCUACGCCAACCUCCACCUCGACGUCGUCUGACAUUGAUCACCAUUUUCUUGAUUGCGACAAUGACGUCUUUUUGCGACGAUGCAGUCCCAAGAGAGGCUAUGAUGGACUACUUAAGAUCGUUGGGAAGCCAUCCAAUGGUAGUAUAUGGCAUCAAACAUUACAACUCAUGCAAAGAUUGUACUUGAUCACUCAAACAUUUGACAAUCAUACAUACACGCCUGCGAUUUCCAGACUCCGUCUACAAUCACACCUCACGGUUCAACCACAAUGUCAGAAAUACUCAUUGGAGAGUGCCUCUUCCUCCGGCUCAAACAGCUCGGCAUCGGGACUGUCUUUGGCGUUCCCGGUGAUCUCGUCGAACCUCUCGGCCUCUCCUGGGUCGGUGCACCGAACGAACUGAUCGGAGCCUACGCUGCCGAUGGUUAUGCGCGCCUCAAUGGACUUGGCGCUCUGGUGACCAGAUUUGAUCUUGGAGAACUGAGUGCUCUGUGUGGUAUCGGAGGAUCAAACUGCGAGUCUGUUCCUGUCCUUCAUAUUGUUGGAUAUCCCACCACUCCAGCACAGAAAGAGCGGAAAGAUCCUUCAUCAUACCUUGGGGGAUGGAAAUUGUGUUGCGCAACUACCGUCCUUGACGACCCGACUACUACUGCGGCUGAGAUCGACAUGAGUAUCUUGGUACAAAAUUCGCUCGAUGCUUGCCCACCAAGUGCUCCAGAGUCUGAGGCUGCUGUCACCACCGAGAUAGUCAGCCGGCUAGAGUUGGCAAAAUCCCCAAUCUUGAUUGUGAGUGGCGGAGCUGCAAGGGCGAACUGGGCUGAGCAUGUCGAUCCUCUAAUCCAAGCCCUCAAAAUACCAUUUCUUGUGACUGGGUUGGGCAAGGGUAUUGCUGAUGAGAUGAGCCCUUACUACCAGGGCUGUUAUGCUGGUGAAGGGUCGUGGCUGAGGAGUGCCAUUGGACUUGUGCAAGAGGCAGACUGCAUCUUGUGGCUGGGGAACUACCCAUCUGAUUUCAACACGGGUAUCUUCACCGAAAAGCUCGACCACUGCACCAUCAUCGAUCUUCAACGAUUCUUUGUCAAUAUUGGGGCGACCAAAUACGACGCUAGAAUCAAUCAUGUUCUGCCCAAGCUCAUUCCAGCCCUAUCUUCGCACUACCCGUUGGCCCAGCGCACGAAACAAAAUCCCCAGGUCGAUCAACAACUCUCUCUCCCAGCAAGUAACAAGAUAGAGCAAGACUGGCUCUGGUCCCGCCUCACCUCCUACCUCCGGCCAGGUGAUCUCGUCAUCACCGAAACCGGCACCGCUCAGGUCGGCAUCACCGCCACCCGUUUCCCUUCUGGGUGUCACGGCUGGACACAAUCCGUCUACGGCAGCAUAGGCUACGCAGCUGGGGCUGCGGCCGGUGCCGCCAUUGCUGCCAAGGAGACAGGCAAAUACAAGCGACUGGUGCUGGUGACAGGAGAGGGGAGCCUGCAACUUACGGUGCAGGCUUUCUCUAUGCUCACAAGAUAUAGGAUUGUCCCGGUGGUGUUUGCCCUGAAUAACUAUGGGUACACCAUUGAGCGCUACUUUCGCGGGUGGGACGCAAAGUAUAACGACAUCCCUAUGUGGGACUAUGCCGCUCUGUUCAAGGCUUUUGCGCCUGAUGUUGAGCCGCGGGUCAAGGGGUACAAAGUCACAACGGCGGAGGAAUUAGAUGAGCUACUGAGUGAUGGGGAAUUAUGUGACUCGGUGGUGCCGCAGUGUGUGGACAUGAUUAUGGACCCGAAGGAUGUACCGGAGGCGAUGAGGACGGUUUUCGAGGGUAAGAAUGCCAUGUGAGUUGGCGGAAUAUGGUUAGGAGGUUCUUGAUUCAUGUAUCUACUGUGGGAUCUGGAUAGACUUUCAAGUUGGUGCUAUGGGUUGGGCCUGAUGUUUGUUGCCCUUUCAUGUAUCUGGGCAGAAGGUCCUUGGAAAUGUAUAGCAUAUCUCUUGAGACAUUAUGAAACUUUGCUCAUGCGUAACGCGGCAGCUGAUAACAGCUCGAAUGUAAAUUGGCAGUCA